CGCUGCAUAAAGUGGGUAAUAGGUGCUAAAAUUGAGAACUUCUUGUCGCGACCAGUUUGUAUGGUCAUUGCGGGAUCCUCAUCCCCCGCCCAGAACCAGUGCGUUGCGGCAUGCCCACCGGGUUGUAUUUGCGAUGCGUGCAAUGAACUUUUCCACCGUCGGUAUGGUUCGCGAAAUUACGCAGAGUCGAUAAUUGAGUGCGUUCGUGCAACAAAAACAAGUGUUAUCACGCGGAUGCAGGUCGGGCAAAAGCGAAAGUGAUUAACUCCACUAUCGAGUUUCGAGCUUGGUGAACCAUGGCACUGAAGCUAGCGAUGAACAGUUCCUUUACCUUUCGGAAGUUAAACAAAUACCUGCGGAAGAAUGUGAAGGACAAAUCCGCCUGCAUACUGCGCCUGUGGACCACGCAGUGCGAAUUUGUGUUCGCUCAGCAGCUGCGCCGAAGUCAGCAGAUAUUUGCCCAUUAUGCCAAAAUCUGGGAAGAACGGGCACUGCGUGAACUCCUGCGACGAGUUCGUGGACAGGUGCAGCGCCAUGCUAAAGGAUUUUUGCUUUCAUCCGCCGCACUACUCACUUUCGAUUGGGAGCGGGAAAGGAUCGAGCUGGAAUCGGUGCAGGAGCACAUGGACGACUUUCAAUUUCUCGAGCGACUGCAACAGGAAACUAUCUACUGCCGGAAGUGCGAGAAGAGAAAACUGAUCGACUCACGGGUGGACGGCAUUGCUUAUUGCUGCUGCCCGAAGAAUGUGACAGAAAUGCUAUCGGCGGAGCAAAACGCAUAUACUACCUGGGAACCGUACAUUGAACAGAAGCGUAUGAUAACCUGGCGACAGGAAAUAAAGCCAGGAUUGUACGCGUAUAAAGUGUACGUGGAGUAUCCCGAUGUUACGCCCGAAGACUUUCUCCACGUUCAGAUCGAUGUGGAGUAUCGCAAAAAGUGGGAUAACACAGCCGUUAACUUGGAAGUAGUGGAUGAAGACACAACGAAAGGCUCGAACAGCCACAUCAUUUACUGGGAAGCUUUAUGGCCGAAACUGUUUGCCAAUCGUGAUUACGUCUACAAUCGGCGCUAUUUCGUCGAUCGUAAACGACGAGUCAUAAUGAUCGUCAACAAAAGUGUCGACCACCCGAAGUGCCCUGCCAAACCUCACACACAGCGUGUACAUGAAUACUGGAGCUACAUGGUCAUCAAGCCGACAACCAGUUUCAAUCAACCGGGUGUAUCGUUCGUGUUGACGUACUUCGACAAUCCUGGACUGUCGAUACCCAAGUACAUUACGACCUGGGUGGCGAAAAAGCAGAUGCCCGACUUUCUCCAUCAGCUGCACCAAGCAACGGUGAACUAUGCCAAGGCCAAGAAGCAGAACGAGACGAGAAUUAUCGAGUUCUGGGAUAAGCACAAGGACCCGGGAUUCGAAUAUCCGCCGGACACGUUGCUAGGCUACAGUGUGGAAGAUUUUAGUGAAGCCCAAAAGCAGGAAGAAGAAUCUAGUCUACAGAAAGUCAAAGCACUAUUAUCGGUUGAAACUACAGCUUUAGUGGAAACGGCUUCGUUACCGACAAAGUCGAAACGGUCAGUACAGCAAAUCGCCGAUCCGAGCAAGCCAGGCGAUGUUCCUGAUGCCAACGAUACUCCUGCCGCCGAAGAGUCACCCAAAAAAUCGACAUGGUGGAGUUAUCUCUAUUCGUACAUCUAUUUCAUCUGACGGUGCAAGGGGUGCAUAUGAAACAGUGCAAUAGCUCAAUGGUGGAAAUACACCGUCGUCAAAGUGGCCAGUUGUCACAAUAUAGGUUAUUAGAACUAGGACGAGUCGGAGUUAAUUCAGGUUAAAGCGCUUAUAGCUAGUGGCAAUAGAAGCAAACCAAAUGCACGACUAGUGAAAAAAUAGGCCCACAAGCAAUUAAUGUAGAAUUAAUAACAAAAAGCAGUUGUUAGUGAUCAAAAGUGAGAAUAUUAUUCAUACAUCUACCCGUGCAUAGGGAACGGCAGUUCUAUUACGAUGAUAAAGUACCUCAUGUUUGAUUAUUAAUACAAACAUUUAAAAAGCUAAAAUAUCAACAGAACUGCUCCUCGACAUCCAUGCAAGUUCUGUUUCGGUGUGUUGUUUUACAGUUUAUGAUAAUUUAAAAAUAGUUUAAAUUUCUGUAUGCCCGCGAUGAGCACUGCUAGAAACGUGUAUUUGUUGGUUUUGUUUGUUUUAUAACAGGUUUUUCGGUUAACCUACUGUUCAUUGUAACCACGACGAGCUGUACCUUUAAACAAACUUCAGCGUUCUAUUGGUAAUCAUAUCUUAAGAAAU